AUGGGCUCCUUCUCUUCGCCAGCCCUGUCGACCAUCGGUGGCCCUACAUAUGUGACCGCUCAGACCCUAAUUCAGCAGGUCGCCUACGCUCUCAGCGACAAGAUCUUCUCCUACUCCCCGGAGUCUUUUGAGCUGGAUAUUGCCAUUCGUGAAUGGGCUGCGAAGCAGGAAGUCAAUGCCAAUGGCGACUCCCCGGCUGUCCAGGCCAUGGAAACUCGUCAGGGUGCCGGAAACAUCGCCCUCGGAUACCUUUUCUCCCAAGAUUUUGAUCUGAAAAAGCGCCAUGUUCCUCAGGGUAUCGUUGCGUCCUCCGCUACACUGCCGUACAUGCGUGCCGCCCUGGAACAGCUUUCCCUUCUAUACUCUGUCGCUAGCCCCGUUGCCGCUCACGUCGCCGCUGUUGACUAUGCAGGAGAGGAUGGAUUAGUUUCUGAUUAUGCUUCAGCUCUCUCUCUUGCUGAGGAGCUCGGACUUGGUCUUGUCUCGAGUGCCUCCGUCCAUGAGUCUCAGCACAUGGCUCUCCUCACCACAUUGCUUGCGAAUGUCCUGCCCUCCAUCCACAUCUACGAUGGUGUCCGUGUUGGACGCGAAAAUACCCGUGUCAUCGAUACCCUUAGCCAGGCCGGUCUUGCUCGCACCUACGAGACUGUUCGCAAAACUUUGGAAGACCAGCGCAGCCGCCACCUCGAUGACCAGGGCAAAUUGCUUGAACUGAUCCAGUCAUUGAACGGUGAGCUUGGCACUGAUUAUGGUGCUUUUGAGUACCACGGUCACGCUGAACCCACAUCUGUCCUGGUUGCUUUCGGUACUAUCGAGGCCUCACUUACUGCGCAGGUUGCUCGUUCUUUGGCCAAGGAUGGUGUACGCGUUGGUGUUGUUAACGUUCGUGUGUAUCGCCCGUUUGUCGAGGAAGAGUUUUUGAAGGUUCUGCCCAAGUCCGUGAAGACCGUUGGUGUUCUUGGACAGGUUGUCAAUGAGCAGGCUGUGCAAGAACAGGGCUUUCGUUCUACCCUUUACGAGGAUGUCCUGGCUGCUCUGACAUUCGCCACCGACCGGGAACAGGCGCCUACUUGUGUGGACAUCAAAUAUGCCCGUUCUCAGCGCUGGGACUUGAUCAGCAUCGCUGCAUCCUUCCAGCUCGUUUCGGAGAAGCCCAUCGUUCAAACUGAUAGUGCUGCCGAGCCCCUUCAGCUCUUGGACCCCGCUACUGUGCAAGAAUUUACCUUCUGGGACGUCGACACUUCCGCAUCUAAGGAUACCGCAGCCCUUCUGUCACAAGCGCUGGCCGCUGAUUCAACAACUAAUGUCACCACCAGCCAGACAUUUGACAACCAGAUCCAGGGUGGAGUUUUCCGGGUUGACAUUCGCAAGAGCCCGAAGACUUUGGAUGCUCCUUAUGCUGUCAAUGCGGCUGACACCGCUUAUGUCGGAGACGUCAAGUUGCUGGGAGAAAUUGACGUUCUUGCCUCGCUUAAGAACAACGGCAAGCUUAUUCUGAACGUUAGUGGCAUCAAGGAUGACGACGAGCUGGAGAAGAAGUUGCCUUCGGCAUUUAAGCAGGCGGUCGCUCAGCGCGGAAUUGCCCUCCACCUUUUCGACGUGUCCGCCGUGGAAGAAUCUGCCCUCGAGCCCCUUGUUGCUCAGCAGGUUGCGUUCCUACGCGUGGCUCUUCCCGACCUCGAGGCGUCUGGUGUUAAGAAGCUUGCUGCCAUCUCCGGCAAUGGCGAGUCAUUAGAAAAGGCUGGCAAGGAACUUGAAAAGGUUCUCAACCAGCGUGAGAUUCCUGAGGCCUGGAAAACUCCUGAGGAGGGUGCUGAGGCACCUAAGCUCGUGAGGGAUUUGAACGCCAACAGCUUCGCGCCAUUCGACAAGGAGGAUGCCGAGCCUGCCACUUUCCUUAAGGACUGGCAGACUGUUGCUAAGGGUCUGGCAUUCAAGGAAGCCUAUGGUGUCCAGAGCUCUCUUCGUCCCGACCUGCCUACUAAGACCUUCACUGUUCAUGUCCAGGAGAACAGGCGUUUGACUCCCACCACCUACGAUCGUAACAUCUUCCACAUCGAGUUCGAUUUGGGUGACUCAGGCCUCACAUACGACAUUGGUGAGGCUCUGGGCGUGCACUGUGAGAAUGAUCCCCAGGAAAUUGUGGAGUUCAUCAAUUUCUACGGCUUGAACGCCGAUGAUAUCGUUGAAGUCCCAAGCCGCGAGGACCCUGCCGUGCUAGAGAACCGCACUGUGUACCAGGCUCUCAUGCAGAACGUUGACAUCUUCGGUCGCCCCCCUAAGCGCUUCUACGAGGCUCUCGCCGAGUUCGCCACCGACGAGAAAGAGAAGACGGACCUUCUCACCUUGGGUGGUCCCGAUGGUGCCGUGGAAUUCAAGCGCCGUGCUGAGGUCGACACCGUCACCUACGCCGACAUCCUGCUCGAGUACCCGUCCGCUCACCCCGACUUCCACGACCUCAUCCGCAUCGUCAGCCCCAUGAAGCGUCGUGAGUACUCUAUCGCCUCGUGCCAGAAGGUCACCCCCACAAGCGUGGCUCUCAUGAUCGUUGUCGUUAACUGGACCGACCCCCGUGGCCGCGACCGCUUCGGUAUCUCCACUCGCUACCUGAGCCGCCUCCAACCCGGAACCCCAGUCACCGUCAGCGUCAAGUCCAGUGUCAUGAAGCUGCCUCCCAAGUCCACGCAGCCGCUCAUCAUGGCUGGUCUCGGAACCGGUCUCGCCCCUUUCCGUGCCUUCGUGCAGCACCGUGCUCUCGAAAAGGCCCAGGGCAAGGAGAUCGGUGCAGUCCUCUUGUACAUGGGAUCUCGUCACCAGCGCGAAGAAUACUGCUACGGUGAGGAAUGGGAAGCGUACCAGGAAGCUGGUGUGAUCACUCUUCUCGGCCGUGCGUUCUCUCGUGACCAGCCCCAGAAGAUCUACAUCCAGGACCGCAUGCGCCAGACUCUCCCCGAAAUUAUGCAAGCUUACAUCCGUGAGGAAGGAUCUUUCUACCUCUGCGGUCCCACUUGGCCUGUUCCUGAUGUCACUGCUGUUCUCGAGGAAGCUAUUGCCGCCGAGGCCAAGAACAACGGCAAGAGGAUUGAGACCCGCAAGGAGAUCGAGAAACUGAAGGAUGACGAGAGAUACGUUCUCGAAGUCUACUAA